UGGGGUGACAGCAAUUAAAUUUGGGUUGAGGAAGAUGAGUUCCAGGCCUGUUCCAAGAAGGGAUAGCCCUUGGGGGCUGCCUGAAGGUGAUACAAGGCAGCCCAAGGCACAUAGAUGCAAUGACCGAGCUGAGGAUGUAAUCCAGGCUUGUUUUGAAGGAAAUCCAUUUAAAACUGUGCCGGGCCCUUUCAAGCUAUUCUAUCGAUGCAUGCGGUCAAACCCAGGGGAGGAGCCAACUGAGCCUUACACCUACCUCGAUCUGGACCCACCGAAGAGGGAAGAAUCGAAGCUAGAGUAACAGAAAGAAAAACCCUAAAUUUGUGAGGUCAACUCAUCAGAUGAUAUCCCUCACAAAAUUAUGAUCAUAAAACUAGCAAAAUGUAUUACCCAUAAUAAAUUUAUAUCUUCUCUUGAAUGAUUUACUUGCACAUGUAUCUUUUUCUGUAUCAUGCAAGCAUUUUUGCAAACAUCAUGAAGUCGACAAACAUGUAUCAGGUUUUUAUGUGAAUUGUUCGACAUAUCCUAAUAACCAUCGUGUUCAGACUGUAACCAUACUCUCUUGGUGAUCAUUAGCUUUUACCAGUUUCUGA